AUGGCGGCAGAAGAUUCCAGUCCAGGAUCGCCUCACUCUCUCAAACACAAGCUCAGAUCCUCCCUUUGUUUAUCAUGUUGCUUCCCUCAAAUCCUCCACCACCACCGCGUGCAGCCAAGGAUUGUUCGGAGUGCCUCGCUUCACAGCAAGUCCCGCUCCAACGAUUUCCCGCAAAUCAAGGAAAAGUGCUGCAACUUCAUCGCACGCAUCGGCCGCCACCAUCACCAUCAUCGCCGCCACUCCGCCGAUUUCCACUACGACGCUUUCAGUUACGCCUUGAAUUUCGAGGAUGAAGCAAGCGAUGACAGGUCCGUCGAUGAUCUCAGGAGUUUCUCAGCGAGGCUACCGCAGUCUCCGCCUCCGAAAGAAUCUCCGGUCCCGGCCAAGACCGCAUCCGCAACCGUGGAAAUCGCCGCUCUUAGUUGA